GUGUGUGUGUGUGAUGGGGUAGUUCCUUUGCAAACUACCCAUAGUCUGUAAGUUCUUUUUCCAACUGUGACCUUCAUCUGUGCUUGAGAAUUCACUGGCUGACAUGACUUUCUAUUAAAAGCUGUUAUUUUGCAAGACAUUAUUAUUAGUGUCACUAUUAUUGUGACACUAUCAAAAGCGAGCUUCGUUCAGAGCCCCUUUUUCACUCUGCUUUCAAAACGCUUAAACAUAAAUGAACCACACGCAUGAUGAACGUCAACUUGAGAUGAGAGUGCUCCUUACUAAGUGACAUUUGAAGGGAAAUCAGGUGCGGCAGAUUGCCUAGUGGUUAAGAGCAUUGGGCCAGUAACCGAAACGUCGCUGGUUUGAAUCCCCUAGCCCGACUAGGUGAAAAAUCUGUCGACGUACCCUUGAGCAAGGUACUUAACCCUAAUUGCUCCUGUAGAUUUCUCUGCAUAAGAGCAUCUGUAAAUGUAGAAUGUAGAAUGUAAAUGUAGAAAUGUGUGUAUCCUAAGCAUUCCUAGAGCUCUGAUUUUAUCCCUGAGGAAGUCUGACUUGUGUGUGUUUUACCACUUUGAUGGCAUUAGGAUCGAUUAUGGAAGCAAAGGCUCAGAAUGUGAAUUGGUGCUUAUACUAUCAGGAAUGUGUGGUAUUUUCUAGGUGCGCGUUUGCUCUCUGCAAACGCACUCCUGGUGGAUUGUUGUACACAGCAAGGCCUAACUGCCAUCCUGGGAGUCUUGGUUCCAUACAACUUAGCUUUGAUAGUCUGGGUGUCAAUGCUUACUCACUGGUCUUUACAGGAAGGAAGACAUAUGUUAGUUGCCAUUUCUACUACAUACUAUGAGCAGGAGGGUAUAUGAUAACAUUAUUACAGUAUUAACAGAUUGAGAAGAGCAGGCUGUAGUUGUUUUAGAGCAGUGGUUCCAAACCAGGGGUACUAGGACACCUGGGGAUACUUGGCCUAUCCACAAGGGGUGCUUGAGCAUACUCCAGACACCAUAGGCCUACUGGUAAAAUGCACAUGAGGUGCUACUUCAGAGGUACUCUGGGCAGAGCAUAAUUCAGUUGGUGGUACAGUAACCAGAAAGGGUUGGGAAGCACUGUUUUAGAGUGUUCAGCCGCGUGUAAAUAUGUUUGCUCUGUACCUUUAAGAGAAGCAAUAAGCAAACCACACUUUGCUGAAGUGAAAGUAAAGUGAAGAGACUUGUAUCAGGCACUGAAACCCUACUCCUCGUCAGAAGUCUUGCUACACAACUACGUUGCGUUCUGUCUCUGAGCGCCUUAUUAAUCAACAUCAACACAGAUAUGACCACCUCCAGCAGUCUCCUGUCUGAAGAGCAGUUCCUGUGCUCUGUCUGUCUGGAUGUGUUCACUGAGCCAGUCUCUAUUCCAUGUGGACACAACUACUGCAAGGCCUGUAUCAGUGGAUACUGGGAUACCAGUGACAUGUGCCAGUGUCCAUUAUGUAAGGAGAUUUUCUACAGAGAACCUGUGCUUCGUGUCAACACAAAGUUCAGAGAGAUUGUAGAGAAUUUUAAGGAGAUGAGAGUCAGAGGUAAAGAUGAGUCCCCUGCCAAGCCUGGAGAAGUGUCCUGUGACUUCUGCACUGAGAUGAAGCUCAAGGCCCUGAAGUCCUGUCUGGUGUGUCAGACCUCUUACUGUGAGACUCACCUGGAGCCUCAUCAGAGAGUCCCAGCCUUAAAGAGACACAAGCUGAUCAACCCUGUGGAGAACCUGGAAGACAGGAUGUGUAAGAAGCACGACAGACCUCUAGAGAUGUUCUGUAGGAGUGACCAGACUUGUGUGUGUCAAUUCUGUACUGAGACAGACCACAAGACUCAUGACACUGUCCCUCUAGAGGAAGCGUAUGGAGAGAGGAAGGCUGAACUGGGGAAGACUGAGACAGAAGUACAGCAGAUGAUCCAGGAGAGACUGAAGAAGGUUCAGGAGAUCAAACAUUCAGUAGAUCUGAGUCAGAAAGAUGCAGAGAGGGAGAUAUCAGACAGUGUACAGGUCUUCACUGCUCUGGUUCGCUCCAUUGAGAGAAGCCAGACUGAGCUCAUUGAGGUGAUUGAUGAGAAGCAGAAAGCAGCAGAGAGGCAGGCUGAAGGGCUCAUUAAAGACCUGGAGCAGGAAAUCACUGAGCUACAGAGGAGAAGCACUGAACUGGAGCAGCUCUCACACACUGAGGACCACCUCCACCUCCUACAGAGCUGUCCAUCCCUCUGCACCCCUCCACCCACCAAGGACUGGUCUAGAAUCAGUGUUCACAGUGAUAUGUGUGUGGGGACUGUGAGGAGAGCUGUGUCUCAAGUGGAGGAGACUAUUUUAAGUGAAGUGAAGAUGUUGUGUGAUGCUGAGUUGAAGAAGAUUCAGCAGUAUGCAGUAGAUGUGACUCUGGACCCUGAUACAGCACAUAAUGGUCUCAUCAUGUCUGAGGAUGGGAAAAGGGUGAAACAUGGAGAUCCAAAACAACAUCUCCCAGACUACCCAGAGAGGUUCAAUUAUUUUGUCUGUGUAUUGGGAAAGGAGGACUUGUCCUCAGGUAGAUUUUACUAUGAGGUGAUGGUUAAGGGAAAGACUAAGUGGGAUUUAGGAGUGGUCAGAGAGUCCAUCAACAGGAAGGGGGAUAUCACAGUGAGCGCUGGGAAUGGAUGCUGGACUCUGUGCCUGAGGAAUGGAGACCAGUACAAGGCUCUUUCUAGCCCCAGUGUCCUGCUUUCCCUGAGAGAGAAGCCCCAGAAGGUGGGGGUGUUUGUGGAUUAUGAAGAGGGUCAGGUCUCCUUUUAUGAUGUGGAGGCCAGGUCUCAUAUCUACUCUUUCACUGGCUGCACCUUCACUGAGAAACUAUAUCCAUUCUUUAGCCCAUGUCUUAAUGAUGGUGGUAAAAACUCUGCCCCUCUGAUCAUCUCUCCUGUCAAUGACAGACUGAAUUUAUCCUUAAAGCAUAGUUGAUGGGCAUUCUUUGGAGACUGCAGUGUCAUAUGAAUGUCACAAAUGGUUGUCUAUGUCCUUAUACUCCUUAAUUAUAUCUAGUCUCUCUCAUUGUUAUGAAAAAUCAAAGCAGUAAACAUAUCCCCACUCCUAAAAAGUUGUAAUAAAUAAUUCCCUAAUAAAAUGCUUAUAGAGAAGGGUUUCUAGGGUCCCCCCCCCCCCAUAUUUGCAUGUAAUGCCAUAGCAUCCCUCUUUCACAGGGGACAAUGAGGAAUUCUCUCUUUCUCUCAAUGAUAUUUAUAUGAAUCCUUUAAAGUAGCUUGAAUCAGGGGAACUUGAUUCUUGGUCUGGGGUUGUGGUCUCUGAUUGUGCUAGUGGUAAGUCCUCACAUUGCUUUGUAUGUCUUUACUGCUUGUGUCAGAGAUGCCUUUGUGCAAAAGGGAGAGGUUUGCCCUGGUAGUCCUGGGAGGGGACUUGAAAGAAGGUGCAUAGGCAUGCUUCCCAAAGAAGGGUGUUGCAACUAUACACCUAGUUUUCAAACGUUGCUAUGGGCACAGCCUAACAAUGGAAGUGAAGGCUUCGACUUCUGCUUUACUUCCCACCUCGGUGGGUGACAAACUUGCCAGAGUAAAUUAUUUUAAGGAGUCAAUUUAGAGCAUAAAACUCAAGUAGGCCUGAACAAGUAUAAGUGUUAUGUCAUAUUUAAUUCACGUUCGCUAACAUUAGCUAGGCCUACUAGUUUGGUUGUAGUAACGUUAGUUGUGUCUGAGUUAAGGGCCAUCAACUAAGCCAAUAACGAUAACUAUAGACUAAUUUACAGUGCAUUCGGGAAGUAUUCAGACUCCUUGACUUUUUCCACAUUUUUUACGUUACAGCCGUAUUCCUAAAUGGAUUAAAUCAUUUUUUCCCCUCAUCAAUCUACACACAAUACCCCAUACAUUUUGCCAAUUUAUUACAAAUGCAAAACUGAAAUAUAACUUUAACGUAAGUAUUCAGACCCUUUACUCAGUACUUUGUUGAAGCACCUUUUGCAGCGAUAACAGCUUCGAGUCUUUGGUAUGACACUACAAGCUUGGCA